AAAACGCUAUGCAUUUAUACCGAGCCCGAUCUCCAGCCGAGACUACUAAAGAGCUAACACCGUUACAUUUCCCGGUUGGUGGAAGAAUUAGUCAUGGCUCAUUCAUGGACAGAAAAAAAAAUACAAAUACAAAUACAAAAUUUCGAUGUAAAUCUGAUAAAUCCGGUAAAUCUGUAUUUUAUGAGAAUUGGAUAAACGAUAACAAUGGCUUCAAAUAAUGAUCAUAUCCUUACGCUGUCCUGCCCGGACAAGCCCGGUAUCGUCCACGCCGUCACCGGGCUCCUAGCGAACCAGGGCCUCAAUAUCCUAGAACUACAACAGUUCGCGGACCGAACGUCUCAGAGGUUUUUCAUGAGAGUCCGCUUCGGCCAUGCUGAGUCCACGAGCAAUUUGGACGAGCCCAUGGCGGAGCUCGCCGCGAAAUUGGACAUGGACCAGUACGACUUACGGCCGGCGAGCCAGAAGCCCAGGGUCUUGAUCAUGGUGUCCAAGAUCGGGCACUGCCUGAACGACCUGCUGUUCCGGGCCAAGUCGAACCAGCUGGGCAUCGAGAUCCCGCUGAUCGUGUCCAACCACCCGGACUUCAAGCCGCUAGCGGAGAGCUACGGGAUCGCGUUCCACCACCUGCCGGUGACGAAGGACACGAAGCUGGAGCAGGAGCGGCAGAUCCUGGACCUGAUCAAGCAGGAGAGCAUCGACCUGGUGGUGCUGGCGCGCUACAUGCAGGUGCUGAGCCCGGGCCUGUGCGAGGCGAUGAGCGGCAAGAUCAUCAACAUCCACCACAGCUUCCUGCCGUCGUUCAAGGGGGCGAAGCCGUACCACCAGGCCUACGACCGCGGCGUCAAGAUCAUCGGCGCCACGGCGCACUUCGUCACGGCGGACCUGGACGAAGGCCCCAUCAUCGAGCAGAGGGUCGCGCGCGUGGACCACAGCAUGAGCCCCAAGGAGCUCGUGGAGGAGGGCAGCAAUGUCGAGAGCCAGGUCCUGGCCGCGGCCGUGAAGUGGUGGAGCGAGAAGCGCGUGUUUUUGAACGGGCACAAGACUGUUGUCUUCAACUAGCGAUGAAGUUGAUUAUAAAUAAAUACAAAACAAGAAAUAUUUUACUUUCUGAAUAUCUAUUCCCGCAUCUUGCAUCUUCGAAAAUAUCCAUGAAUAUACAUAGUACCGUGUUGUUCGAGGUUGGAGACCGGACCAAUAUCGGCGUUCUCGCUUUAUAGCGCUUUACCCUAUGGUUUAGACUAGACAAACGAAGAUUUUUUUUAACACUAAACAAUAAUCGAUUCGAGAUUCGUCUGAGAAUUAAAUAUUGGAUGGAGAGCAAAGACAAAAGAGAUAAGGUUUUGGGCCAGGUCCCCGGAUUCCGGUAAGGACAUGCGGAAGGAUAUGCGGGCUGUAUGCGGGAAUCCGUUGUUGAUUUCAUGAUGAC